AUGUCCUUCCAGGGCAUCCUAGACGGCCCAUGGGCCGAUCAUUAUCACACGGCGCGGUCGUCAAUGACGAUGCUAUGGCAGCAACAAUUUCAUCCUCGCCGUCUAAGAGCUCGCCCGGUUAGAACUUUGGUGAUUCUGGCCGCCACAUGCUUCUUUACCCUCCUGUUGCUGUCGCGAUCUAGCCAACCACAUGUUAGCUACUGGUUGAGAUACCCAUCAUAUCCCCCCUCGCGUGAGCGCCCGGAAGACUUGCCAAUGGUCUUCACUUCCGAGGGUCAUACGUUGCGUCGAAAUGAUAGUCUUUCGAAUAAUUUGCAAAAGUCAACACCGUCUUUCCACCUACUUAUACCCGCUUCGCAAAAGUCCGCCUCACUCUGUCGCACGUUGACGUCGUCAAUGAUACUGAACUACCCACCGCCCACGUUGAUUAGUUAUGGCAAGUCGCCUCCGAAGGGUUACACAGACUAUGCUGCCAUGGUGGACCGUAUAGCCGGCAUAUACAAUUAUCUGGCGUAUAAUCCACAGAUAAAAGAUGAGGAUCUCGUCCUUAUUGUUGAUUCUCAGGACGUGUUUUUCCAAUUACCCCCCGAGGUUUUGAUCCAGAGGUUCCAAAAACUCCUCAAGGAGAACAAUGAGAAAUUGCUCAAAAAAUAUGGUACCGUGACUGUCGACAGGCCGUACCGUACAGGCUCGCAGGAAACGAUACAGAAAUAUUCUCAAAGAGUUCUGUUUGCGGCGAGCAAAGAAUGUUUCCCCGGGCUCACCCUAGAUGCAGGGUGUGUGACAGUCCCGGAAUCUAGCCUCCCACCGGACGCUUAUGGGUGGAAGACGGAUAUCCACCCACAAGGGCAUCUGAAUCGGCCGCGCUGGCUUAAACCUGGCGCAGUUGUGGGCCAGGCAGCUGACCUCAAAAUGAUAUACGCCGAGGUUCUGCGGUUCGUGCAUCAACACCGCAAUGCACGGGGCGAUUAUCUAGCUAUGACGCAAAUGUUUGGUCGACAGGAAUAUGUGCGGGAGCUGGAAAGGCGGGAUUCUGCGAAUGGGUUCAUGGAAUGGCUCUACACACUUGUAGGCAUCUCCGAUGCUUCCAAUAUCACUGGGGCUACCCAACCGCAUCUCGAGUCCGGCACCCGAUACGAAUAUGGCAUUGGCGUCGACUAUGAAUCCCGUCUGUUUUUCAACAUGCGCAAUGCCAAGAUGGAUGUCGAAUGGCUCCACUACAACAACGUCACCAAGACUUCGGCAGUGCAGAUGCAGCAUGGUGUCCCUAGAGAGAAACGGCUCUUGAUUCCCUCUGAUAUUACGCCUGAAAACAUCGGUAACCCAUUUAUCCAGCCCAAAUUUGGUAAGGAUGAUUGGCUGAACCCACCUUUUAAUGAAACACUGGACAAACUUCCGAAUCCGCGCAACCAUACCUGGCAUAACCUCCCCUUGAUGACCAACAUUCACUCGGCAUCUGUACCGGCCCUGUUACAUGUGGAUGGGGAUCACUCUGUCCUUGAUAAGUGGUGGUCAGAGAUGUGGUAUCAGCCAUGGGCCCGUGCCCUUCUCCGCAAGUAUAUGCGCACGCCGAAUGGGUUCGACGCCGCCCAAUCUUCCCUUCUGGGAGGACAAGAAUGGUGGGACAUGCGCGGUGGCAGAGGAGGUCUUUGGACCGAUAAGGGGGAAUGGCUGGCCUACACUGAGGUUUGUGGAAGCUAUGAUAAAGAGCUGUUCGAUGAUGAUUUCGGUCCCUUUGGCAAAGAAAGUGGCGAAGACGCUGACGAGCCGGUUUACAACCGCUUCGGAAACGUUAUCAAGGGCAAGGAAAAGCCUGACAUAUGGUGA